AUGGAAGCCGAAGCGGAGGGGAGUGCGGGACCGGCGCCCAAUUUGGCCCAAAUGGCCGCUUCUAAAUUGUCCCAGGUCGGAGAGCGAACCAAACAGCUGGGCAGCGCCAUGCGAGAGCCGGCUCGGGAGAACCGGAUCAUUCUGGUCAUCGUGUGCGUGGUGUUGCUUCUGGACAACAUGCUUUACAUGGUCAUCGUGCCCAUCAUCCCGGACUACCUGGAGGGGUUGCAGAAGGCCAGCGACGCCGGUGGCAACGGCAGCUCAAGUGAAGGUAACUUUGACGUGCAGAUCGGCGUGCUGUUCGCUUCCAAGGCCAUCGUGCAGUUGCUGGUCAACCCCUUGAGCGGCACCUUCAUCGACCGGGUGGGCUACGACAUCCCGCUGGUGAUCGGGCUGAGCGUCAUGUUCCUGUCCACGGUGACCUUCGCCCUAGCCGAUAAUUACGUCUCGCUGUUUGUGGCGCGCGGCAUGCAGGGCGUGGGCUCGGCCUUCGCCGACACUUCGGGCAUCGCGCUGAUCGCCGACCGCUACUCCGAAGAGGCGGAGCGCAGCAAGGCGUUGGGUAUCGCGCUGGCCUUCAUCUCCUUCGGCAGCCUGGUGGCGCCCCCCUUCGGCGGCGUGCUCUACCAGUUCGCCGGCAAGCGGGUGCCCUUCCUCAUCCUGGCCGGCGUCUGCCUGGCCGACGGGGCGGCGUGCCUGCUGGUCCUCAAGCCCUUCUCCCGGCGGGAGCGCGCCAACAUGCCGGUGGGCACCCCCAUCCACCGGCUGAUGAUGGACCCCUACAUCGCCGUGGUGGCCGGGGCGCUGACCAUCUGCAACAUCCCGCUGGCCUUCCUGGAGCCCACCAUCGCCAAGUGGAUGGAGGACACCAUGCACUCCAGCCAGUGGGAGAUGGGCAUGACCUGGUUCCCCGCUUUCUUCCCGCACGUGCUCGGGGUGUUCCUGACGGUCAAGCUAGCCGCCAAGUACCCCCACUUGCAGUGGUUCUACGGCGCCGUGGGCAUGGUCUUCAUCGGGGCCAGCUCCUGCACCGUGCCGGCCUGCAAGAACUUCGGACAGCUAAUGAUCCCGCUGUGCGGCAUCUGCUUCGGAAUCGCCUUCGUGGACACGGCGCUGCUGCCCACGCUGGGCUUCCUGGUGGACGUGCGCCACGUCUCCGUCUACGGCAGCGUCUACGCCAUCGCCGACAUCUCCUACUGCGUGGCUUACGCCACCGGCCCGGUGGUGGCCGGCAAGAUCGUGCACGAUCUGGGUUUCGCGCAGCUCAACCUGGGUAUGGGCCUGGCCAACAUGCUCUACGCGCCCGCUCUGCUGCUGCUCAAGAACGUGUCUAGGAUGAAGCCCUCACGCUCCGAGAGGAACGUGCUGCUGGAGGACGGCCCCGGCGGACUCUACGACGCCAUCAAGAUGGAGCAGAAGGAGAAGAAGAGGAAAGAGCUGUGCACCACCCUGGACGGCGACGGAGUCCAGACCUUCGCGCGACGCUCCUUCGACGAGGACGCCGACGAGGAGGAGUCCUCCGGCGGCGAGUACGCCUGAGCGCCGGCCGCACGUCAAUACGGGGCUUCCACUCGCUGUUAUCUUAACUCAUUGGCUGCCAAAUUUGACAUUUAAACGUGAUUCAUUUCCUGUUUUAAGUGAUCUAUUUCACAUUGAACAUGAUCAAAGUCUAGAUUUAAAGUGAUCAACUUUACAAUUUGUUCAGUUUUACAUUUUAACCCAAUUUUAAACGUAUAUUGACUAUGAUCUACUGCAUAUUUUAACAUGAUACAUUUCUGAACAUCAAAACAUUUCUUGUUUUAAGAUGAUUCAUUUUACAUUUAAAUGCUUUUCAUUUUAUCGAGCUGUUUAAUUUGAACGUUCAAUUUAAAUUUUGGAUUUUAAUGUGAUGAAUUUAACAGGAUACUUUUUACAAAUUAAGAUAAAUUUUACAUUUUGACCUGAAUUAUCUUAUUAAAAAGUGAUCUACUUCACAUUCUAACAUGAUAAAACGUACGUUAUGUGAUCAAGUCGCUGUCUAAGUGAUCAACUUCAUAAUUCAUGAUAAAAUUCUAUUCUAUUUUAACCUCAUUAAAAAGUAAAUUUAUCAUGCAAAAAUUUAGUACUACAUAAUUAAAAAAUAUUCAUGUGAUCAUUUUAACAUCGUCUAUUUUUUUAACCUGAUUAAUAUCUUAUUAGAAAGUGAUACAAUUUUGCAUUCUAACAGAAUAAAACUUCUAAAGUGAUCAACUUCAUAAUUCAUGGUAAAAUUUUAUAUUUUAACUUCAUUAAUAAGUAAAUUUAUCAUGUUAAAAUGUUUAAAUAUGAUCAAUUUUACAUCCUGUGAUCAGUCUCGAUUUAAAGUGAUCACCUUUACUUUUUUUUCACUUUUACAUUUUAAUCCAAUUACCGGUAAACAUUUUUACAUAUAUUGACUGAUCUUCAUAUUUUAUCAUGAUACAUUUUUUUAACAUAAAACAAUCAUCAAAAAUAUAUGAUUAUAAAGUGAUCUAUUUCACAUUCUAGCAUGAUAAAAGGUAUGUGAUCAAGUCGCUGUCUAAAAGUGAUCAACUUCAAAAUUUAUGAUCAAAUUUUAUAUUGUAACGCCAUUAAAAGGCAAAUUCAUCAUGUUAAAAAUUUUCAAUGUGAUCAAUUUGACAUUUUAUCAUGAUCAAUUUUACAUUCUGUGAUUAAUUUACUGGUUGAAAGUGAUCAACUUCACAAUUUUUUAAUGUGAUCAAUAACAUUUUAAGACGAAUUUGACAUUUUAACCUGAUUAAAACAGUAUUAUUAUGAAGUGAUCUAUUUCACAUUCUAUCAUGCUAAAACUUAGGUUAUGUGAUCAAGUCGCUGUCUAAAAGUGAUCAAUUUCAUAAAUCAUGAUAAAAUUUUAUAUU